AUGGCAACGAAGGAAUACUUCGUACCAUCGGAAGAAGUGAUGACUACCAUAGUGCUUCCUACGAUAAUUUUCUGUAUCGGAAUGGUAGUAGCGAUGUUGGUUGGCAUUAACAAAUGUAAACAAUGGGAAUUGGAUAAAAUCGUAGAAAUGCGCCGUACUCGAAGAGUUCUCCAACGGAUAACAGCCCGUCUUCGAGAGAAGAAUUUCAAGACUAUACAAAAUGUUCGUAACAUGCGAAAACGUGCAGCAGCAGCAAAGGCAGCCGCAAAGAUGACGGAGAACCAGGGGGCACCUCCAAUUUAUUCAACCCAACAGCAAGCUGUGUAA